AAUUCCGGGCGUUAAGGAAAACAAUCAUGGAUUUUGACGAGGACUCAGCAGAUGCUAGGCUGUGUGAACCUGAGACAGAUGUUGACAUUGUUAAAAGCUGCCUGCAAGAGAUACAAGCCAGGAUACAUCAGAACCAGCCCUAUGAUGAGUCCCUGGAGGUACCUGAUGGUGAAGAGAUAGCCAGUACAUAUUCCCCUACCCCUCGGACUAAUCUAGGGGCUAAAUCAAAGGAUGCUCCUGCAGGGAAGCCAGGUGGCAGGAAUCACAUGGGCAGGAAUGGUACCCCAACAGGCUCCAAUAACUCAGACCAGUCGGAUGACUUCAAUGAUGAGGCCGCUGCCAAGCCAAGCAAACCUGCCCAGCCCCUGGGUAGGAUGCCAGCUGGUAAACCUGCUCCCAUGCAGCCGCAGGUCAGUGCUCAGCCAAAGUCUGGACAACAGUUUAACUCUGAUGAUGAUGAGGAUGACAGUGAAGAUGAGGAUGAGGAGGAAGAUGAUGAUGAUGAUGAUGAAGAGGAUGACCGUCCUCAAGUUGAAGGGGCCUAUGAUCCAGCAGACUUUGAGAACCUCUCUGUCUCAGCAGAAAUCAAAGAAUUAUUCCAGUACAUCACUAGGUACACACCUCAAGCUAUAGAAUUGGAUCACAAACUGAAGCCCUUCAUCCCAGACUAUAUUCCUGCUGUGGGAGACAUUGACGCAUUUAUCAAGAUUGCCCGCCCCGACAACAAACCAGACACGCUAGGUCUGACGGUGCUUGAUGAACCUUGUGCUAAACAGAGCGACCCUACAGUCCUAGACCUACAGCUGAGAGCCAUCUCUAAACAAACAACAGCCAAACAGCUGGUGGUGAAAAGUUUACCCAGUGCUGAGAAAAACCCCAAGCACAUUGAGAACUGGAUAGAAAAUAUUCGUGAACUUCACAGAUCAAAACCCCCACCCAAUGUUCAUUACAGCAAAAACAUGCCAGAUAUUGACACCUUGAUGCAAGAGUGGCCCCCAGCCUUUGAACAGCUACUGAAAGAGGUGGGCCUACCAACAGCUGAAUUGGAUUGUGAUUUGGGGGAAUAUGUAGAAAUAAUUGCAUCUAUCCUUGACAUUCCUAUCUACAAGAACUCCCCCCACCACAAUGAGAAAAUCCAAGCUUUACAUGUUAUCUUUACUUUGUACUCUGAGUUUAAAAAUUCACAGCACUUCCGUGCCCUGGCAGAAGACAACAAACUGGACAAUGGUUUGAAGGACGAUGGCGCUGACAGAUUUGUUUUGUGAACAUAAUUUUUUAUUUAGUUGAUGCAUCCAAAUUUUGUUGAUUUAUGCUUGAUGGUGUUGGCCAGCACUUGAUGAUGAUUUUAGUUAACAUUGUUUCUGAUAGUGUCGUAACAAUUGGUUGUUAUUUCUCUGCUGGAUACAUCACGUACACAUUUUAUUUUCCAUAAGGUUGAUGUAGGAAGGUUCCCAAUGUAGGCCUAUGACAAUUAUGUGACUGUCCUUAUUUAUAUACAUAGGAGCAUACUCUCAACUUUGAUACCUUCCUAUUUAAUUUAUUAUUUUAGAUCCAGUGCAAUGCUAGUUUUACCAUACUGGCUAAGUAAAUUGGAAAAUCUCUAGAUUGACCUCCAAAAUUAUUCUUUUUUUUUUGCAGUUAAUUUUAAAAACCUGUUUGUCCUAAAAAUUACAGUUCUCCAUUUAAUGUAAUAUAGCAGACACUAAAAUUGUUGUUGAUUAAUUAUAAUAAAAAAGCACAGUACGAAACAUUGCAUUUUUGAGGCUAAUACUUAACUUAAAAACAACUGUAGUAAUCAGAUGCUACCAUUUCCUUGGUUCUCUGGAAAGACUGAAAAUUUGGAAUCCUGUAUUUUUUUUUUCUUCUAAUAUUCUACCCUGUUUCUAGCCUUAUUUCCCACUUUCAGCUUAGAUUUCAUUUGGUAGCUUCUGUCUUUGAUGAAACAAGUUUCAUUCAUUGUUGUAAAGCUAACUAAAAUGUAAUUAAAUGGCAGCAUGUGCUUAUUUUUGUCUUACUUACAUUCAAACAUUCCGUCCAUCUGGUCAUUAAAUGUAGAUAAAAUAAAUUCUAUUGAAGAAAAAAAUGUUAAAUAUUUUGUUCUUGGAAUUUAGUUUUAAUGAAGAAAAUUUUAAAGAACUAUUGUAUCUGCACUCUGACUUGUACUUAUUUAAUGCUAGACUUUAAAAGUCUAGAACAUUUUUUUUAUACAUCUUAACCUGUUAAAUGUCAUUUCUAGACUCUCUUGGUCUAGAAAUUUGGAAGAAUCUGACCUUGUUAAAUGUCAUUAAACACUGUGAUAAACAUUAAACACUAUGGACUUGU